GCUGGGCGAACGGCCGCUCCCCUCUCUCUCUCUACCUUGCCCUCUCAUUUUUUCUACUCUCUCUCCCCUUCAUUUCUCCUUUCUUCUCCAGAGAACGAAAAAAAAUCACUCUCUCAAAAUCGCCGCCAUUCUUUCUCUCACCUUCUCUCAUGUUCGUAUCCGGAACCCACUCUAAUCGUUAGAGGAAAAACGAACCCAACUCCAAAUCCAUGGCCGCCCUGCACCUCUACUCUCAAUCCGUUCGUUUUCUCGUUUAAAUGGUGACGAUAAUGAAGAAUCAAAAAUCGGGUAAACCUCUUUGACAUGCAUGUUUGUUUUCUCGAUUUUUUUAUCCCGAUUUUGGGGGAGUUCGGGUUCUCACCCUUUCUGCUUUUUUCUGGGCUUAAUGGCGGACGAGGGGAGAAGAGGGAGUCGCCGACGGAGACUAGACCGACGGUAAGUGGCGGAUUAUGGUUUUGCAUGUUUGAUUUUCUGGGUUUUUGGUGUUCGAGCAUGUUUCUAACCUUCUCCCCAUUUUUAUUUUUGGGUUUGAUCGAGGGGAGAAAGGAGUCUCCGGCCAGCGAGAUUCUCCGAUAUUGGUGCGAGAGGGGAAAAGUCGACGGUCGACCUUUUUUGCUGUUUCGGAGAUGGCUUAGAUCUAGACUAAGAACAGAAUGACUCUGAUUUGACUAUCAAAAAGAAGAAGCUAGCACUGACAAAGAAAGAAGUGUUUUUUUUCUCAAAGGCCUCCUUUCCUUGAGAAUUGUGCCUCCUUUUAUAGCAAGUUGAGACGGUGGUGUCUGAGCUCGGCCUAACCAUUUUUGGUUCGACCGGUUCGUUGGGUUGGGCCUUUCCUGGGCUGGUCAGGAUCUGACCCAUGAGAUCUUGGGCUCUCUUGGGUCUGACUGUGGGCUAUGAUCUUCUGGACUUGUCUUGGUUCUGGGUCUGAAUAGACUGUCUCAUUUCUUGUUGUUUGGCAGGUCCAUUGCUGGCUUCAAAAAGAGAUGGAAGAAACAUGUAUUGAUUGUAAUUUUCAUGUAGUAAUUCUUAUUUGUAAUUUGUAUUCUGAUUGUAAUUGUAUAAUUUAUUGAUAAUUUAAAUAAAACUUUAUUCUUCU